AUGAAAUAAAAUUAUGGUUAUUCAAUUAAAUAAGUAAUUGCCACAUUCAAGGCAAACCAAACUCACAAUUGUCAACCUCGGAUUCUAGGACACUCAGUCAGAGAUCAACGACCUAAGAAUUAAAGAAUAAAUUAUUAAUUAAUUUUAUAUAUAUCUAAAUAAUAAAUGAAUCCAAAUUCAUUCAAACUCUACAAAUCAAUUUGCUCUACAGUCACAGGAGCUGGUUUGGUAUUCACAAACUUUACUAACAAAUCAUUGGUGGGGAGAUCAGUUUAAUAUCUUGAGUAUAAAACAUUUUAUAUGAUUCAGCCAUCUGAUUUACACAAAGGCACCAAGACUAUCAUACAUUGAACAUUAUGCUCCAGUCUACACACCCAAGAGAGUCACUUAUGCUGCCCCCAUCUGUUUGACUUUGGCUGGCACUGUAUUAUUGGCUGAAGUAAGAAAUUUAUAAUACACAAUUGAUAGAUUGCUUGGACUAACAAUGCCAAAGAAUAAGCAAAUAAUUAUUUUGUUGCAACAAGAGAAUGAAAUAUAUCUAUUAUUUAGAA